AUGAGCAAUUUGAGGAUGGCUCAACCCCAGAAAUGUGCUGCUGUUGUUGUGGGAGCCGGUCCUGCCGGUCUGGCAGUUGUGGGAAAUCUCCUGGAGAAGCAACUUGGAGGGAAAAUUGCCUGGGUUGACCCGUUGUUCCAAGGUGGCCGGAUAAACCAGAGAUACCGCGAGGUUCCUAGCAAUACCAAGGUGUGCUAUUUUCAAGCGUACGCUACGGCCGUUCAACCUUUCCGCACCGUAAUCGAGAACACUCGUAUUCCCAACCCAUUUACGACGAUGGCCAAACUCGACCAGAAUAAAACCUGUCAUCUGCAUCACGCUAUUGAUGUGGUUCGCGCUCUUACCGAUGGCAUCACAAAGAUGGAUCGGGUUCUGCCAUGUCGGGGAGUUGUCACAGCUGCCAACCUGGCCGAGAAAACUGCUACUUGGACCGUUCGCAUCCGGUUGCAGGACUCGCAGGAUGAAGUCGAGGUGCUGACGCCUCGACUCGUCGUUUGUACAGGAUCAUCCCCCACCGAGGUCUCUAUCUCAGUUCCUGGGCACCACAUCGAAAGGCUGGACCUGGAUGUAGUGCUGAAGCCCAGCGACCUGGUGUCGCAUCUUCCCCGAGACAAGCCCUUGACCGUCGCCGUAGUAGGAGCGUCGCAUAGCGCCAUCCUAGCCCUCCUCAAUCUGGUAGACUUGGCCCGCACUUCCCAUCCCGAGCUCCGUAUCAAGUGGUUCACUCGGCAUUCUCUGCGGUAUGCCGAAUUCAUGGACGGCUGGAUCCUCCGAGACAACACCGGACUCAAAGGCUCUGCUGCCGACUUUGCCCGCCAGCAACUGGAGGAUGACAAGCUGCCACAUUCCGAGGCUGGCCGGUUCAUCACCAAGGUCUACUGCGGCGACAACCAGGAGCAGGCACAGUAUGAGCGGCAUCUGCCCUCAUGCUCGUACCUGGUCCAGGCCGUCGGCUUCACGCGGGACCCGCUGCCAGAGCUGUCUAUCAACGGCUCCUCAUUGGAGCCCGAAUUCGACCCGGUUUCGGGAGGCUUCCGCGACUCCAACGGCCGCGUUGUCCGGGGUCUGUAUGGGGCGGGGAUUGCAUUCCCGGAGCGGGUGGUCGAUCCGUACGGCAACGUCGAGCAUGCGGUCGGGUUCUUCAAGUUUAUGAACUUUGUGAAGCGGGUUUAUAGUGCAUUGUAUGUGUCACCGCUGGUCGGUCGAUACGACGUGAACAAAUAUAAUAAUUUUGCAAACAAGAGCUCUAUAUCCCAUGACUCCAAUUCACCAGAUGCUUAUCCAUCUCGUAAAUGCGUAUAG